AUGGCCAAUCCUCCGAGGCAUCUGAGACUGCCGUUCCUACGUCUACAACUCGCUGAAGCACGUGAGCGUUAUCUUACUAUCUUGGCAGCUUUAAUAGCUGAGGAAGAAAGGGCAAGGAGACGUCAGAGACGUCGACGUCGGUGGUGGGUUAGACCAUGGCUAGAGAGGCGCGUCAUGUAUGGUCAAUAUGAGACAUUGAUGGGAGAACUUGAGAGGGAGCAUGAAGGAGACUUCAAGUCCUUCCUCCGAAUGGAACCCGCAAUGUUCCAUGAACUACUGCAGCGGGUGGGACCACGCAUUGAAAAGCCAGACACACAGCGGCCACCCUUGAAACCAGGCUUAAAGCUAGCCAUCACCCUCCGCUUCUUGGCAACCGGGAACUCGUACAAGUCGCUAGCCUUUGAUUUCCGUGUUGCCCACAACACGAUUUCCCUGUUCGUGCCAGAGGUCUGUCGAGCUAUACUGGAAGAAUACCGUGACGAGGUCUUCCGCACGCCACGCACACCAGCUGAAUGGGCAGUGGUUGCUCAACGCUUCCAGGACCGGUGGAACUUUCCGCAUUGUUGUUGCGCAAUUGAUGCGUCAGAUGCAGGUGUUUUCAACGGAUCUGUUCUGGAGCCCGCGCUUAGGGAAGGGAGGCUUGGGUUCCCCCAACCCGACCCUCUGCCAAACGACGACAGAGACACGCCAUACUUUAUAGUGGCAGACGAUGCCUUUCCCCUGCGACCCUACUGCAUGAAGCCAUUCUCCAAGCGUUACAUGCUCCGAGAGGAAAGGAUCUUUAACUAUCGGUGCUCACGGGCUAGGAGGGUGGUGGAGAAUGCUUUUGGAAUUUUGACCAACAGGUUCCGUUGUUUGCUGACAACAAUGAACACUAAACCACCAGCAACGGUAUGGAUUGUUACAGGCUGUCUGACAUUGCACAAUAUCAUGAGAAUGCGAUACCCUAACCUACAGAAUGCCGACUUGGAUAUAGAAGGGGACAAUCACAAUAUUAUCCCAGGAGCAUGGAGGGAUGGCGCAGUCAUGGCAGAAGUUGAGGCUGCUGGUCGCGGACCAAGGCAGACUGCAGAGGGGAAAAAGCAGCGCCAUUACUUAAUGAAAUACUUUAACAGCCCUGCUGGGAGUGUUCCAUGGCAGGAUGCUGCUAUUGAUAGAUAA